GCACAGCACUCAAAGGACCAGCUAAAAUGUGCAUAGGACUUUGUGCCUUACGUGGUUUACUUAAUGUCUAGACAAAAUGCAGAUGAGCCCUGUGAUCUAAUUGAAAACACCAGUUCUGCAUUUGUAAUAUGGAAACAUAUCAAUCAAGAGACCACGAGGAUUAACAUGCUGGACAUUUUUUUUUUUUAUUGGCUCCGUACUUGUUCCACCAUCUUUAAUUUUUAUAACAAACAAAGACAGAGCAAAGACAAAAUAACAGCAGAAUGACCCAAACCAAACAGAAGUGGACAAUGGAGAACAGCGAGCAAUUAGAAGACAAACAAACACAAGCCUUCAUAAAAACCAAGACGGAAACUAUUAAAAGACAAAGACAAUUGACAUGUCAAGUAUUGGGAGAGAUUGAAAAACUUUUGGAAGAGACACAAAGAGGGAGAGAUGAAAUUGACUACCUGAGGACAAAUACAGAGCAACAACAGGAGGACAUUGACAGACUGACAGCUGAAAAACAUGAGCAGCACUUAUUAAUAAAAAGUUUGAGAUUAGAGAUAGAAAAUGUUAUUGAGAAACUCAAGGAGAAUAGAAAUGAAGCUACUCAGGAAAAAAUGCAACUUCUGAAAAUGCAGACUGAAUUAAUCCAAGAGAAGGAAACUCUGGACAGACAACGUAAUGAGCUCAUUAAUGAGCGACAGAAGCUGGAAAUGAUCAAGUAUGAUCAGACAAAAUCGAAAGAAAGUAAGGAACCCAUUGAGCAGAUAAAGAGAGAGCAGGAGAUAACAGAGAAGAUGAUGACUGACAGUCUGCUGAAUCUAAUUAACAAAAAUAAGAAAAUAAUGCUUGAAGCAAAGCAGGCAAAAGAACAGAUAGAGAAAAACAUGGUAGACAUAAAGCAAGAGUUAAAGAGAAAUAAAAAGGUUAAUUCACAAAAUCAAGAUCAGAUUGACUGCAUCAAACAUAAUAUGAAUGUAAAUAUCAACAAGAUGAAGCAAGGGUGGACAAAAUUUCAAAGAGCUGUCAAAAUACAGAAAGCUGUAGUCCCAAAGGAGGAAAGCAGGGCAAAGCAGAAAGACGAAAAAGGCUCCUCUGAAACUGUCAAAAUUGAUCUCAGCAGAAUCCAGGAAGAGAUGGAGAAGCUUUGGGAGGUGCUAGACGAGGUUGAACUACAACUGGAAUUGACUGUUAGAGAGAAGCAGGAGCUAAAGACAGAUAGAUUUGAUGAGCAGAAGAUAAUAAUUCAUCAGGUUGACAGAACCAGAGAAAUAAUAAAACAUAAAGAAAAUCAGUUUGAGGAAGACAAUGUAGACCCAAGCAACAAUAAUGAAUUAAACACUGACAUGAAGAGAGGGAUUGUUGAAGAAGAAGAAAUCAAAAAUAUGUUGUGUAGGGUGAGAGAAGAUGCAGAGCAAAGCAGGAGGGACUUAACAGAAGAAAAGAGCAAAAUCCAGUGGAUGAAUUUCCGAGUAAAAAAAAGCGAAGAGAGCUUGACCAACAGCUGGAGAGGACCAUGAGAGAGAGGGAUGAGGUAGAAAUCAUCAGAUUAAAGAUACAACAACAAAGGAAGGGGGUGGAACAAAAGCUUGAAGACACAAUAACUUCAAUUCUGACUAUGAGUGAGAUAAAAGCCAGCAUAGAAAAAGCAGCUGCAGAGAUGAACAUCACCAGGGAGGAAAUGCUUAAAGUCCAAAGAGAGAUGGAUCAGAACAAGGAAGACAUCAAAAAGAACAUGGAUAAAAUGACUUCCAUGAAAGCUCAGGUCAGCAAAUGGAAAUUGACUGAAUCUGCAACAACUAAACUUCAGGAACCACAGAAAGAAACAGACAGAGACCGUGUCAAAGAUCAAACAUUUGAAAUUCCUACAAACAUAGAAGAAGGAGAAGAUAAAAUGACUAAAGAGACCUCUUUGCAACAAUCCAUAACAUUAGAAGACUGGCAUCGAAGUGAAGAAGUAAAAGAACAGGAACAGAAGCAUUCAGAGCACAAGCACGAACGAAGACAAGAACUCCAUUUUUUUGCAGUAGACAUGAAGAAAGAGCAGAAUGUUUUCUUACAGAUGCAGACAAAAAUUUGUGAAGAAACAUUAAUGGGUGAUGAUCAGUCAAAAUCAGUGAUACAUGUAAGAGAAAUUAAAGAAGUAGAAAAGCAAAUGUCCAAACUCAAAGAGAGAGAGAAGAAAAUAAAAGAGCAAAUAAAGUAUGCCUUGGAGAACAUGGAGCAAAAACAUCAAGAGAUUCAAAAGCUCAUUUCGGAUAUAUAUGUCCUGCAAAGUCAAAAUCCAGGGAUUGAAAAUGGAUUACAUAUUGUAAUAAAGUGGAAUGACAUUCAAAGAGAAAAGGAAGUACUGAGGAAAGAGACCAAAAAAAGAAAAAGAGAAUUGGAGCAAAGACUGGAAGAAACAAUGACAGAGAUGGAUGAGUCAGUGAUAUUGAGGAUAAAAUUCCAGCAGCAGGAGGAGCUGGAUGAGGAGAAGCAGAGAUCAAAAGACCAGAUUAUCCAAGUUUACAGAGAACAGGAUGAAAACAUUCAGGAAAAGCAUGAGGUGAAAAACAUCAGGGAGGAAGUUAAAAUGAUACACCAAAGCUCAAAAGCCACAGAUUCCAUAAUUGAGCUUCAAAACACGAGACAAAAGAUUAAUGUAAAUUUGGAAAUAAUUAGGAAGAAAAUGGGAAUUCUGGAAAAUGUAAAUAUCAAUUUAGGGGAACAAAGAGAAGGGCUCAAGGCAUUAAAAACCGAGAUAAGGACUGUAAGAGACAACAUGAGCCAAAUUAAAUAUCAGAUAAAGAUGGACUUAAAAAAAAGGACGAUACAAACUGAAGUAGAGAUGGAUGAAAUGAUCCACAUGAAGAAGGAUGUUCAAGAACAAAAACAAGGGCUUGAAACCAGACUAAAAGAAGUUAAAAGAGAAAGAAGAGAGUUGGAAGUGUUGAAGUCUGAGUUGGAAAUCGAAAAAAGAGAAAAUAGACAGAUGAUCCGCAAAAGCAUUCGAAAAGAGCAGGAAGGUAAAAAGAUGUGGGCAGAGGUCAAAGUAGAAAAAGAUGCCCUCAAGAGGGAGACACAAAAGAGGAAAAAGGAACUUGACGAGCGACUGGAGAGGAUCAACAGAGAGAGGGAUGAACUGGAGAUCAUGAAACUGAAGAUACAGAGAGAAAAAGACAAGAGCAAAAGUGGAAUGGGAGAAUCCGGGAUGGCAAAAGACACAAAAGUUCCAAUUCUUGUCCAAAAGCACUGGAAACUAAUUCAGACACUUAUGGAGAAAUAUAAAGUCAUAAAAAAGCAGAGUGAAGAUGUAAAUGAAUACUUUAAAGAUCAAAAACGGCACAUGGAGUACCAUGCAAAAAUAAUAACCCAAAAUAUCAAGAUGGACAUUCAAAGACAAAAGGAAAUGAUGAUAUGUGCUUUAAAGAAGAUGCAACAAAUGCAAACACAUUUAGAGCAAGAGAAGAUAAAUAUCAUAAAAGUCAAUAUCAAUCAAACAACCAAAAAAGAAAAGGAGGGACUCAGAGAAAGAUCGGGAGAAUUAGUCUUGAGUGAGAAAGAGCCCGGCAAUGAAAAUGAGUUAUUCAAAACUGAGGCAAUGAUGCUCAAACAUGAACAACAUGAAGAAAAGAAAGAACAAAAUGAAAUGAAGAGACGGAUUCAUGAUAAGGCAAGUGAGAAAGGAAUAAAAAUACCAAGAACUAAAAGGAAUCUAAUGCAGAAGAAGGUAGAUGAAGCAAAAGAGAAAAUGGAGGAAUUCCAAUGUGGAAAAGGGCACAAUGAAGAAGAAGAGGUGAAUUUGAUGAAUGAAAAAAUACAUUCAAAUAAUUCUAAGGACACUCUUGUUUUACCACUUCAAGAUUUCAUUAAUGAGAAAGCAGACAUUUUAAAAACUGAAAUAAAACUACAUUUGAAAACUGAAAUUACACCAGGCAAAGAGAAAUUGCAAUAUAAAAGGAAACUAGAGCUUGGAUUUAAAGAAUCCGACCCAAAAGUGCUGAUAAACAAACAUGAAAUUAAAUCUAGAAAAAUUAAAUUUGACGUCCAUGAAGAAAUGAAGGAGUUGGAAGAAUGUGAACAUGGAGAAGAAAAAGAAACCAGGCUAAAAAUUAAACAAAUUGAGCUGGAAUCAGAUAAAGUCGAAGAAAAGAGUGCAAAGAGCAUCAAACUUUUAGAAAAAGAAGGUCUGAUAAAAAUGUCAGAUGUGUUUAUUGCUUUGAAACAAAAAGAACAACAUCUCAAAGAUGCUGACAUCAAGAAACAAAUACAAGAACUGGAAAGCAGUAAGAACAGUGUACUGGCAGAAAGAGAGGAACUGGAACUUUUGAGGAAGGAUCUCAAUAAGAAGAAAGAAGAGGUUGAAGCUGCCAUGAACACCAUCAGUGUAGAGAGAGAACAACUCAGUCUGAUGAAGAGUAGUACUGACAUGAACAGACACAUGUUGGACAAUGAAAAGGACAGAAUGGAAGGAGAAAGGUCUGAACUGAAACUAAGAGAAGAUCAACUCUUGAAUAAAAUGAAAUCUAUAGAAACUCUGAGAGGAAAUAUUCAACAGCUGAAUGAAAGGAUGAGUGAAGACAUGAAAAAGAAGAUGGAAAGAUUACAACAAAACAAUGAAGAUGGAGUAAUGCUGUACUCUGUAUUGGAACAAAAGCUUGCAGCUCUAGAUGUACAGAAAGAAAACAUGGCUUGUUACACUGAGCUGAUAGAGAGAGAAAAGAAAGGUCUCAUGAGUAUACUGUCAGACAUGGUCAUCCAGAGAGAAGACAUGGAAAACAAUUGGAAGCAGAAGCUUGAGUUGGACAAACAAGAUGUCAUCAAACUGAAGGCAGAGCUGAAGCAAGACAGAGAUGAUCUGGAUACAGGGAGUGAAAUGAAGAACAAAGAGAAACUGGACUUGGAGCUGAUGAGGUCUGACAUCCUGAAACAAAGAGAGAUAUUAGAACAAGAGAAAGAAGAUAUAAAAGGGGAAAGAUGCAACCUGGAAAUUACAAAGACUGAGCUACAAAAGAAGAAAGAACUUGCAGACAGUCAGCUUGAUGAGAUACAAAGAGAGAAAGGCAACGUUAAAGAUUCUAUCCUACAGCUUCAGACAGAAAGAGACAAACUUGAGAACCAGAUGAACAUGAUUAUUUUAAAACAAGAAGAACAAGAACUCAAGGAAAACCAGUUCACAAUACAAGCACAAGAACUGGAAAGCAGUAAGAACAGUGUACUGGCUGAAAGAGAGGAACUGGAACUUCUAAGGAAGGAUCUCAACAAGAAGAAAGAAGAGGUUGAAGCUGCCAUAAACACCAUCAGUGUAGAGAGAGAACAACUCAGUCUGAUGAAGAGUAGUACUGACAUGAACAGACACAUGUUGGACAAUGAAAAGGACAGAAUGGAAGGAGAAAGGUCUGAACUGAAACUAAGAGAAGAUCAACUCUUGAAUAAAAUGAAAUCUAUAGAAACUCUGAGAGGAAAUAUUCAACAGCUGAAUGAAAGGAUGAGUGAAGACAUGAAAAAGAAGAUGGAAAGAUUACAACAAAACAAUGAAGAUGUAGUAAUGUUGUACUCUGUAUUGGAACAAAAGCUUGCAGCUCUAGAUGUACAGAAAGAAAACAUGGCUUGUUACACUGAGCUGAUAGAGAGAGAAAAGAAAGGUCUCAUGAGUAUACUGUCAGACAUGGUCAUCCAGAGAGAAGACAUGGAAAACAAUUGGAAGCAGAAGCUUGAGUUGGACAAACAAGAUGUCAUCAAACUGAAGGCAGAGCUGAAGCAAGACAGAGAUGAUCUGGAUACAGAGAGUGACAUGAUGAACAAAGAGAAACUGGACUUGGAGCUGAUGAGGUCUGACAUCCUGAAACAAAGAGAGAUAUUAGAACAAGAGGAAGAUAUAAAAGGGGAAAGAUGCAACCUGGAAAUUACAAAGACUGAGCUACAAAAGAAGAAAGAACUUGCAGACAGUCAGCUUGAUGAGAUAAAAAGAGAGAAAGGCAACAUUAAAGAUUUGAUCCUACAGCUUCAGACAGAAAGAGACAAACUUGAGAACCAGAUGAACAUGAUUAUCUUAAAACAAGAAGAACAAGAACUCAAGGAAAACCAGUUCACACUACAAGCACAAGAACUGGAAAGCAGUAAGAACAGUGUACUGGCUGAAAGAGAGGAACUGGAACUUCUAAGGAAGGAUCUCAACAAGAAGAAAGAAGAGGUUGAAGCUGCCAUAAACACCAUCAGUGUAGAGAGAGAACAACUCAGUCUGAUGAAGAGUAGUACUGACAUGAACAGACACAUGUUGGACAAUGAAAAGGACAGAAUGGAAGGAGAAAGGUCUGAACUGAAACUAAGAGAAGAUCAACUCUUGAAUAAAAUGAAAUCUAUAGAAACUCUGAGAGGAAAUAUUCAACAGCUGAAUGAAAGGAUGAGUGAAGACAUGAAAAAGAAGAUGGAAAGAUUACAACAAAACAAUGAAGAUGUAGUAAUGCUGUACUCUGUGUUGGAACAAAAGCUUGCAGCUCUAAAUGUACAGAAAGAAAACAUGGCUUGUUACACUGAGCUGAUAGAGAGAGAAAAGAAAGGUCUCAUGAGUAUACUGUCAGACAUGGUCAUCCAGAGAGAAGACAUGGAAAACAAUUGGAAGCAGAAGCUUGAGUUGGACAAACAAGAUGUCAUCAAACUGAAGGCAGAGCUGAAGCAAGACAGAGAUGAUCUGGAUACAGAGAGUGACAUGAUGAACAAAGAGAAACUGGACUUGGAGCUGAUGAGGUCUGACACCCUGAAACAAAGAGAGAUAUUAGAACAAGAGAAAGAAGAUAUAAAAGGGGAAAGAUGCAACCUGGAAAUUACAAAGACUGAGCUACAAAAGAAGAAAGAACUUGCAGACAGUCAGCUUGAUGAGAUACAAAGAGAGAAAGGCAACAUUAAAGAUUUGAUCCUACAGCUUCAGACAGAAAGAGACAAACUUGAGAACCAGAUGAACAUGAUUAUCUUACAACAAGAAGAACAAGAACUCAAGGAAAACCAAUUCACAAUACAAGCAAAAGAACUGGAAAGCAGUAAGAACAGUGUACUGGCUGAAAGAGAGGAACUGGAACUUCUAAGGAAGGAUCUCAACAAGAAGAAAGAAGAGGUUGAAGCUGCCAUAAACACCAUCAGUGUAGAGAGAGAACAACUCAGUCUGAUGAAGAGUAGUACUGACAUGAACAGACACAUGUUGGACAAUGAAAAGGACAGAAUGGAAGGAGAAAGGUCUGAACUGAAACUAAGAGAAGAUCAACUCUUGAAUAAAAUGAAAUCUAUAGAAACUCUGAGAGGAAAUAUUCAACAGCUGAAUGAAAGGAUGAGUGAAGACAUGAAAAAGAAGAUGGAAAGAUUACAACAAAACAAUGAAGAUGUAGUAAUGUUGUACUCUGUGUUGGAACAAAAGCUUGCAGUUCUAAAUGGACAGAAAGAAAACAUGGCUUGUUACACUGAGCUGAUAGAGAGAGAAAAGAAAGGUCUCAUGAGUAUACUGUCAGACAUGGUCAUCCAGAGAGAAGACAUGGAAAACAAUUGGAAGCAGAAGCUUGAGUUGGACAAACAAGAUGUCAUCAAACUGAAGGCAGAGCUGAAGCAAGACAGAGAUGAUCUGGAUACAGAGAGUGACAUGAUGAACAAAGAGAAACUGGACUUGGAGCUGAUGAGGUCUGACAUCCUGAAACAAAGAGAGAUAUUAGAACAAGAGAAAGAAGAUAUAAAAGGGGAAAGAUGCAACCUGGAAAUUACAAAGACUGAGCUACAAAAGAAGAAAGAACUUGCAGACAGUCAGCUUGAUGAGAUAAAAAGAGAGAAAGGCAACAUUAAAGAUUUGAUCCUACAGCUUCAGACAGAAAGAGACAAACUUGAGAACCAGAUGAACAUGAUUAUCUUAAAACAAGAAGAACAAGAACUCAAGGAAAACCAGUUCACACUACAAGCAAAGAACUGGAAAGCACUUGCAGUUCUAAAUGGACAGAAAGAAAACAUGGCUUGUUACACUGAGCUGAUAGAGAGAGAAAAGAAAGGUCUCAUGAGUAUACUGUCAGACAUGGUCAUCCAGAGAGAAGACAUGGAAAACAAUUGGAAGCAGAAGCUUGAGUUGGACAAACAAGAUGUCAUCAAACUGAAGGCAGAGCUGAAGCAAGACAGAGAUGAUCUGGAUACAGAGAGUGACAUGAUGAACAAAGAGAAACUGGACUUGGAGCUGAUGAGGUCUGACAUCCUGAAACAAAGAGAGAUAUUAGAACAAGAGAAAGAAGAUAUAAAAGGGGAAAGAUGCAAGCUGGAAAUUACAAAGACUGAGCUACAAAAGAAGAAAGAACUUGCAGACAUUCUAAAUGGACAGAAAGAAAACAUGGCUUGUUACACUGAGCUGAUAGAGAGAGAAAAGAAAGGUCUCAUGAGUAUACUGUCAGACAUGGUCAUCCAGAGAGAAGACAUGGAAAACAAUUGGAAGCAGAAGCUUGAGUUGGACAAACAAGAUGUCAUCAAACUGAAGGCAGAGCUGAAGCAAGACAGAGAUGAUCUGGAUACAGAGAGUGACAUGAUGAACAAAGAGAAACUGGACUUGGAGCUGAUGAGAGAGAAACAACUCAGUCUGAUGAAGAGUAGUACUGACAUGAACAGACACAUGUUGGACAAUGAAAAGGACAGAAUGGAAGGAGAAAGGUGUGAACUGAAACUAAGAGAAGAUCAACUCUUGAAUAAAAUGAAAUCUAUAGAAACUCUGAGAGGAAAUAUUCAACAGCUGAAUGAAAGGAUGAGUGAAGACAUGAAAAAGAAGAUGGAAAGAUUACAACAAAACAAUGAAGAUGUAGUAAUGUUGUACUCUGUGUUGGAACAAAAGCUUGCAGCUCUAGAUGGACAGAAAGAAAACAUGGCUUGUUACACUGAGCUGAUAGAGAGAGAAAAGAAAGGUCUCAUGAGUAUACUGUCAGACAUGGUCAUCCAGAGAGAAGACAUGGAAAACAAUUGGAAGCAGAAGCUUGAGUUGGACAAACAAGAUGUCAUCAAACUGAAGGCAGAGCUGAAGCAAGACAGAGAUGAUCUGGAUACAGAGAGUGACAUGAUGAACAAAGAGAAACUGGACUUGGAGCUGAUGAGGUCUGACAUCCUGAAACAAAGAGAGAUAUUAGAACAAGAGAAAGAAGAUAUAAAAGGGGAAAGAUGCAACCUGGAAAUUACAAAGACUGAGCUACAAAAGAAGAAAGAACUUGCAGACAGUCAGCUUGAUGAGAUAAAAAGAGAGAAAGGCAACAUUAAAGAUUUGAUCCUACAGCUUCAGACAGAAAGAGACAAACUUGAGAACCAGAUGAACAUGAUUAUCUUAAAACAAGAAGAACAAGAACUCAAGGAAAACCAGUUCACACUACAAGCACAAGAACUGGAAAGCAGUAAGAACAGUGUACUGGCUGAAAGAGAGGAACUGGAACUUCUAAGGAAGGAUCUCAACAAGAAGAAAGAAGAGGUUGAAGCUGCCAUAAACACCAUCAGUGUAGAGAGAGAACAACUCAGUCUGAUGAAGAGUAGUACUGACAUGAACAGACACAUGUUGGACAAUGAAAAGGACAGAAUGGAAGGAGAAAGGUCUGAACUGAAACUAAGAGAAGAUCAACUCUUGAAUAAAAUGAAAUCUAUAGAAACUCUGAGAGGAAAUAUUCAACAGCUGAAUGAAAGGAUGAGUGAAGACAUGAAAAAGAAGAUGGAAAGAUUACAACAAAACAAUGAAGAUGUAGUAAUGCUGUACUCUGUGUUGGAACAAAAGCUUGCAGCUCUAAAUGUACAGAAAGAAAACAUGGCUUGUUACACUGAGCUGAUAGAGAGAGAAAAGAAAGGUCUCAUGAGUAUACUGUCAGACAUGGUCAUCCAGAGAGAAGACAUGGAAAACAAUUGGAAGCAGAAGCUUGAGUUGGACAAACAAGAUGUCAUCAAACUGAAGGCAGAGCUGAAGCAAGACAGAGAUGAUCUGGAUACAGAGAGUGACAUGAUGAACAAAGAGAAACUGGACUUGGAGCUGAUGAGGUCUGACAUCCUGAAACAAAGAGAGAUAUUAGAACAAGAGAAAGAAGAUAUAAAAGGGGAAAGAUGCAACCUGGAAAUUACAAAGACUGAGCUACAAAAGAAGAAAGAACUUGCAGACAGUCAGCUUGAUGAGAUAAAAAGAGAGAAAGGCAACAUUAAAGAUUUGAUCCUACAGCUUCAGACAGAAAGAGACAAACUUGAGAACCAGAUGAACAUGAUUAUCUUAAAACAAGAAGAACAAGAACUCAAGGAAAACCAGUUCACAAUACAAGAAGAACUGGAAAGCAGUAAGAACAGUGUACUGGCUGAAAGAGAGGAACUGGAACUUCUAAGGAAGGAUCUCAACAAGAAGAAAGAAGAGGUUGAAGCUGCCAUAAACACCAUCAGUGUAGAGAGAGAACAACUCAGUCUGAUGAAGAGUAGUACUGACAUGAACAGACACAUGUUGGACAAUGAAAAGGACAGAAUGGAAGGAGAAAGGUCUGAACUGAAACUAAGAGAAGAUCAACUCUUGAAUAAAAUGAAAUCUAUAGAAACUCUGAGAGGAAAUAUUCAACAGCUGAAUGAAAGGAUGAGUGAAGACAUGAAAAAGAAGAUGGAAAGAUUACAACAAAACAAUGAAGAUGUAGUAAUGUUGUACUCUGUGUUGGAACAAAAGCUUGCAGCUCUAAAUGGACAGAAAGAAAACAUGGCUUGUUACACUGAGCUGAUAGAGAGAGAAAAGAAAGGUCUCAUGAGUAUACUGUCAGACAUGGUCAUCCAGAGAGAAGACAUGGAAAACAAUUGGAAGCAGAAGCUUGAGUUGGACAAACAAGAUGUCAUCAAACUGAAGGCAGAGCUGAAGCAAGACAGAGAUGAUCUGGAUACAGAGAGUGACAUGAUGAACAAAGAGAAACUGGACUUGGAGCUGAUGAGGUCUGACAUCCUGAAACAAAGAGAGAUAUUAGAACAAGAGAAAGAAGAUAUAAAAGGGGAAAGAUGCAAGCUGGAAAUUACAAAGACUGAGCUACAAAAGAAGAAAGAACUUGCAGACAGUCAGCUUGAUGAGAUAAAAAGAGAGAAAGGCAACAUUAAAGAUUUGAUCCUACAGCUUCAGACAGAAAGAGACAAACUUGAGAACCAGAUGAACAUGAUUAUCUUAAAACAAGAAGAACAAGAACUCAAGGAAAACCAGUUCACACUACAAGCACAAGAACUGGAAAGCAGUAAGAACAGUGUACUGGCUGAAAGAGAGGAACUGGAACUUCUAAGGAAGGAUCUCAACAAGAAGAAAGAAGAGGUUGAAGCUGCCAUAAACACCAUCAGUGUAGAGAGAGAACAACUCAGUCUGAUGAAGAGUAGUACUGACAUGAACAGACACAUGUUGGACAAUGAAAAGGACAGAAUGGAAGGAGAAAGGUCUGAACUGAAACUAAGAGAAGAUCAACUCUUGAAUAAAAUGAAAUCUAUAGAAACUCUGAGAGGAAAUAUUCAACAGCUGAAUGAAAGGAUGAGUGAAGACAUGAAAAAGAAGAUGGAAAGAUUACAACAAAACAAUGAAGAUGUAGUAAUGUUGUACUCUGUGUUGGAACAAAAGCUUGCAGCUCUAAAUGGACAGAAAGAAAACAUGGCUUGUUACACUGAGCUGAUAGAGAGAGAAAAGAAAGGUCUCAUGAGUAUACUGUCAGACAUGGUCAUCCAGAGAGAAGACAUGGAAAACAAUUGGAAGCAGAAGCUUGAGUUGGACAAACAAGAUGUCAUCAAACUGAAGGCAGAGCUGAAGCAAGACAGAGAUGAUCUGGAUACAGAGAGUGACAUGAUGAACAAAGAGAAACUGGACUUGGAGCUGAUGAGGUCUGACAUCCUGAAACAAAGAGAGAUAUUAGAACAAGAGAAAGAAGAUAUAAAAGGGGAAAGAUGCAACCUGGAAAUUACAAAGACUGAGCUACAAAAGAAGAAAGAACUUGCAGACAGUCAGCUUGAUGAGAUAAAAAGAGAGAAAGGCAACAUUAAAGAUUUGAUCCUACAGCUUCAGACAGAAAGAGACAAACUUGAGAACCAGAUGAACAUGAUUAUCUUAAAACAAGAAGAACAAGAACUCAAGGAAAACCAGUUCACACUACAAGCACAAGAACUGGAAAGCAGUAAGAACAGUGUACUGGCUGAAAGAGAGGAACUGGAACUUCUAAGGAAGGAUCUCAACAAGAAGAAAGAAGAGGUUGAAGCUGCCAUAAACACCAUCAGUGUAGAGAGAGAACAACUCAGUCUGAUGAAGAGUAGUACUGACAUGAACAGACACAUGUUGGACAAUGAAAAGGACAGAAUGGAAGGAGAAAGGUCUGAACUGAAACUAAGAGAAGAUCAACUCUUGAAUAAAAUGAAAUCUAUAGAAACUCUGAGAGGAAAUAUUCAACAGCUGAAUGAAAGGAUGAGUGAAGACAUGAAAAAGAAGAUGGAAAGAUUACAACAAAACAAUGAAGAUGUAGUAAUGUUGUACUCUGUGUUGGAACAAAAGCUUGCAGCUCUAAAUGGACAGAAAGAAAACAUGGCUUGUUACACUGAGCUGAUAGAGAGAGAAAAGAAAGGUCUCAUGAGUAUACUGUCAGACAUGGUCAUCCAGAGAGAAGACAUGGAAAACAAUUGGAAGCAGAAGCUUGAGUUGGACAAACAAGAUGUCAUCAAACUGAAGGCAGAGCUGAAGCAAGACAGAGAUGAUCUGGAUACAGAGAGUGACAUGAUGAACAAAGAGAAACUGGACUUGGAGCUGAUGAGGUCUGACAUCCUGAAACAAAGAGAGAUAUUAGAACAAGAGAAAGAAGAUAUAAAAGGGGAAAGAUGCAACCUGGAAAUUACAAAGACUGAGCUACAAAAGAAGAAAGAACUUGCAGACAGUCAGCUUGAUGAGAUAAAAAGAGAGAAAGGCAACAUUAAAGAUUUGAUCCUACAGCUUCAGACAGAAAGAGACAAACUUGAGAACCAGAUGAACAUGAUUAUCUUAAAACAAGAAGAACAAGAACUCAAGGAAAACCAGUUCACACUACAAGCACAAGAACUGGAAAGCAGUAAGAACAGUGUACUGGCUGAAAGAGAGGAACUGGAACUUCUAAGGAAGGAUCUCAACAAGAAGAAAGAAGAGGUUGAAGCUGCCAUAAACACCAUCAGUGUAGAGAGAGAACAACUCAGUCUGAUGAAGAGUAGUACUGACAUGAACAGACACAUGUUGGACAAUGAAAAGGACAGAAUGGAAGGAGAAAGGUCUGAACUGAAACUAAGAGAAGAUCAACUCUUGAAUAAAAUGAAAUCUAUAGAAACUCUGAGAGGAAAUAUUCAACAGCUGAAUGAAAGGAUGAGUGAAGACAUGAAAAAGAAGAUGGAAAGAUUACAACAAAACAAUGAAGAUGUAAGAGAAGACAUGGAAAACAAUUGGAAGCAGAAGCUUGAGUUGGACAAACAAGAUGUCAUCAAACUGAAGGCAGAGCUGAAGCAAGACAGAGAUGAUCUGGAUACAGAGAGUGACAUGAUGAACAAAGAGAAACUGGACUUGGAGCUGAUGAGGUCUGACAUCCUGAAACAAAGAGAGAUAUUAGAACAAGAGAAAGAAGAUAUAAAAGGGGAAAGAUGCAACCUGGAAAUUACAAAGACUGAGCUACAAAAGAAGAAAGAACUUGCAGACAGUCAGCUUGAUGAGAUAAAAAGAGAAAAGGCAACAUUAAAGAUUUGA